UUACCGUUAAUUUAAGAAAAACAUCACUGUUCUCAAAACUGCUGAGUUGAUGCUAAGUUAUGAGUCAAUAAACUGCGGAAACAAGUGACACUCACUCACGCGGAUAUUUCUAGCAUUUGUUUCUGCAAGAGAGCAGUAUAAGAUGGAGGACGACAUAGACAUAGAGGAGCAUGAUCUGUUGAACGACCCAGCCUUGGGGGGUGUGUUUCCAGAUCUUACCAUUUUGAAAAGUGAAAUUGUGGAUUUCAACAUAAGUACAGAAACUCCGACAAAGACACAAGUACCAGAAAGAAAUGAAAACCAACUGGAUGGCACUUUGCCAUUGAACAGUGGAAGUCUUCCUCCCGUGUGCCCCACGCAUGACACAGAUGUCAAACCUGACAUCAUAUGUACUGACAUUGAUGAUACAAAAACUUUAGUGAGCAAUAAUUUAUCAGAAUCUGACAAAAUAGUCCCUCAAGUUAAGAAAGAAUUAGAGUUUUUUCAAUUGAAUGAAUUUUACAGCAACAGAAUAAAACUGAAUAGCGGAAUAGAUGUGAACAGUAUCCUAGAAUUAGACUAUAAUAACAUUAACCCGCCAGUGGUGACGUCAAUUUGA